UAUUCCUCGGUUGUUGUGGUUCAGUCAGAUCAUUUCAGAACAGAGCGAGCUCUCUUCUUCAGCUCCUCGUGUCUUUAAAUUGCAGAGAGGUCUUAAAACCUCCCGUGUGUUGGUUUCCUCUUCGCCUCAGUCAGACUGCUCUCCUCGCAAAGUUCGGGUUCUUCUACAAGUUUUUCUCAGCGAAACUCUGACUGACUGACUGACACACAUUUCCCCACUUUUCGUGUGCUACUACUACUCUCUCGCUCUGCUAUGGACUCGCGUUUCUAGUGAGGGAGAGACACGUUCCUCUUAUUUCUGCAUAGAACAAUCUUCUGCAAUCUGCAGAUUCUUCUUUAAAACAACGUUUUUAAAGCCUGUGACGGAUCCCGGCUGGUGUUUGGUCACACGAAAGAAGAGAACUUUUUAAAUAAACAUUUCUCUCUUAACUAAACCACUUUUUGUUCUUUAAAAGAAAGUUUUUUUUUCUUAAUAUUUCAAAAUAAACAUGUGAAAUUAACCAUUUAAUGGCUACUACCACCACCACCACCUGUUAUGUAUCCGCGAUAUAUUGACAUUAUCAUCCGCGAGUGGGUGGAGGUGGAGGAAUAAAUUAUUAUUGUGGUGAAAGUACUUUCUUACAAAACAAUGACGUAGCUUUAAGCGUCCGCACAACUCAUCAGUACCAGUUCCACUUCUACUACCCAAAAUACCCGACCAGUUUGUACCCUAUACAGGAAAACUCUUCUAUAUUGCAUGGAAGAGAAAGCAGCAGCCGGACAAUGUGUGUGCCUCUUUGGCAUUCAGUUGCAUGAAAAAUUCACCAUCUUCUUCCCUCCCAAGAAGAAUAAUAAUCGUGCAUAGGUGUGCUUUCUCCUCGUCUUCUUUCCCACCGCCACAAAAUGGGUUUAUGAACGAUUGCUUUCCCCAGGAGGAGGAAAUUCUUCUUAUCACAAGGAGCAGCUCAUCUAACACAAAGUAGGAAUAUUAUUGCGUCGAGACAACAUUUUCUUCUCUUUCUCCCUGUACAGCAGGUGGUCAAAGUGGCCUCGACGGGGAAGAAAUGUGCGACGAGCCAGUAAUUAUUAAUCCAGAUGAAGAAGAAUGCUUAAAGGAUAGGAAAUGGUGGUGCUUUCUCCUCUCAAGCAUUUUCACGUUUAUCGCUGGUCUCGCAAUUGUUCUAAUAUGGAGGGCUCUGGCCUUUAUAUGCUGUCGCAAAGGAGGAAACGACUACUCUCCGCCGGGUCAAAUGACCGACCCGAAAAUGGCCAAGCCCGGAGAGCAAAUCGUCCCUGUAGGACCAGUCCAGCCAGGAAUGAAACCUGGACGACAGCAACAGCAAGAAUUCGAGGCCAGCUUUAUGACAGAGGCAAAAGAUUGGGCCGGAGAGCUCAUCAGCGGCCAAACCACGACUGGUCGAAUUCUGGUGGUGCUCGUCUUUAAACUCAGUAUUGCAUCAUUGGUGAUAUACUUUGUAGACGCUUCUUCAGUGGGUGUGGAGAAAUGCCAAGAGUGGAGCGAGAAUGUGACGCAGCAGAUAGAUUUAGCAUUCAACAUAUUUUUCAUGGUCUACUUUUUCAUUAGGUUUAUAGCAGCAUCGGAUAAAUUGUGGUUCAUGUUGGAGAUGUACUCGUUCGUGGAUUACUUUACAAUUCCGCCGUCCUUUGUGUCCAUCUAUUUGAAUCGAACGUGGAUCGGACUCCGAUUUCUUCGAGCCCUUCGACUCAUGACUGUUCCAGACAUCCUUCAGUAUCUUAACGUUCUCAAAACGUCAAGCUCAAUAAGACUCGCUCAGCUCGUGUCCAUCUUCAUUUCAGUUUGGCUCACUGCUGCAGGAAUUAUCCACUUGUUGGAGAAUUCUGGUGACCCGUUAGACUUUGAGAAUCCGCAUCGCAUCUCGUACUGGACAUGUGUGUACUUUCUCAUCGUAACCAUGUCCACGGUGGGAUAUGGAGACGUAUAUUGCACUACCGUCCUGGGAAGAACGUUCCUCGUGUUCUUCCUCCUCGUUGGUUUGGCAAUUUUUGCCUCCUGCAUCCCAGAGAUAAUCGAUUUGAUAGGCUCACGGCCAAAAUACGGCGGUACAUUAAAGAAUGAACGCGGAAGGAGGCAUAUCGUCGUAUGUGGACACAUAACGUACGAAUCCGUGUCUCACUUCUUAAAAGACUUUCUCCACGAGGACAGAGAAGAUGUCGACGUUGAAGUAGUCUUUCUUCACCGAAAACCACCGGACUUGGAGCUAGAAGGUCUUUUUAAGAGACAUUUCACAACGGUAGAAUUUUUCCAAGGGACGAUUAUGAAUCCGAUCGACCUGCAAAGGGUCAAGGUCCAUGAGGCGGAUGCUUGCCUCGUGCUGGCGAACAAGUAUUGCCAAGACCCGGAUGCUGAGGAUGCUGCCAACAUUAUGAGAGUCAUUUCCAUCAAAAAUUUUAGCGACGAGGUUCGCGUCAUCAUCCAGUUGAUGCAAUAUCAUAAUAAGGCGUACCUGCUAAAUAUUCCCAGUUGGGACUGGAAGCGUGGUGACGAUGUGAUUUGCCUUGCCGAGCUCAAACUAGGAUUCAUCGCGCAAUCCUGUCUGGCUCCUGGUUUUUCGACCAUGAUGGCCAAUUUAUUUGCGAUGAGAUCCUUUAAAACGUCCCCUGACACUCAAGCAUGGCAGAAUGACUACCUGCAAGGCACCGGGUGUGAGAUGUACACUGAAACGCUUAGCCCUUCCUUCGUCGGAAUGACCUUUCCUCAAGCAUCAGAGCUGUGUUUCGUCAAGCUGAAGCUCUUACUGCUCGCAAUGGAAACCAAGUCUGAGGAAGGAGGCGACGCCAAGAUCCAAAUAAAUCCACGGAUUGGGAAAAUUCAAGCCAACACGGUCGGAUUUUUCAUUGCGCAAAGUGCUGACGAAGUUAAAAGGGCCUGGUUUUACUGCAAAGCGUGUCAUGACCACGUGACGGACGAAACGUUGAUAAAAAAGUGCAAAUGCAAGAACUAUAUCGGAAUGCUUCUUAUGAUGCAGAAUAAGGAUUUAGCCAUUUCAAGUGGGCGAAGUAGUAAUGAGGUGGCCACGUUCCGAAAAGGCGUUCGAGCAGUCCAAGCGGUCGGGAGAGCUAGCGAUGACUAUUCGAACUAUAAUAAUACUGGAGACCCAACUCUCAAUCCUACGUACACUCCCCCAGAGAUUCCGAAAUACGUUCAUAUCCGAGGCCAGGAUAACAACCGGGGCGACAGGACUGACUCGACAGCCGGGGUCGGAGCAGUGCUGAACCAGACGCCGAAACCCAGAUUGAACUCGAUCGCCCCUCCCGGCGGAAAAACUCCUAAGAACAAGUCAAACAAUGGGAUUUCCACGGACAAUCAACUUAACACUCCGAACGCGGUGAAUAGAGUUCCCGAGGUGGAGGACGCCCUGGCCGGAUAUCACCUCUCUUACGAAGUCAAGAAACUCAUGCCCACGAGUAGAACGCAAGCACCCGGAAAUGGCGUCGGAAAUGCGACCGCGAACCAAAUGCAAGUCGGCAUUGCGGACGACCAAGCGAAAGACUUUGAUUUCGAAAAAACCGAAAUGAAAUACGACUCGACGGGAAUGUUUCACUGGUGCCCCUCGAGAAAUAUUGAGGAAUGUAUUCUAGACCGGAACCAAGCCGCCAUGACUGUCCUUAAUGGGCACGUGGUCGUUUGUCUCUUUGCCGAUCCAGAUUCUCCCUUGAUCGGUUUAAGAAAUCUUGUGAUGCCUUUGCGAGCUUCGAAUUUCCAUUACCACGAAUUGAAGCACGUGGUUAUCGUGGGUUCUCUGGAUUACAUCAGAAGAGAGUGGAAAAUGCUACAAAAUUUACCAAAGAUUUCCAUUCUAAAUGGAUCGCCACUAAGCCGUGCAGAUUUGCGAGCAGUGAACGUCAACUUGUGUGACAUGUGUGUGAUUUUAUCUGCCAAAGUGCCGUCGAAUGAUGACCCCACCCUAGCAGAUAAAGAAGCUAUUUUAGCUUCUCUCAACAUUAAGGCUAUGACAUUCGAUGACACGAUUGGGGUCAUGAGCAAAGCGUCGAGCACUGGGGGGACCGAACGAUCUAGCCCGCUCGGAAGUCCCAUUGUUCUCCAACGAAGGGGAUCCGUGUAUGGGUCAAAUGUCCCCAUGAUCACUGAGCUUGUUAAUGACAGCAACGUCCAGUUUUUGGAUCAAGAUGACGACGACGAUCCAGACACAGAAUUAUAUUUAACUCAGCCUUUUGCCUGUGGUACUGCUUUCGCCGUUUCGGUCUUGGACUCUCUAAUGUCUACUACAUACUUUAAUCAAAACGCACUCACCCUGAUUCGAUCCCUGAUAACGGGAGGAGCAACGCCCGAACUGGAACUGAUUUUAGCGGAGGGAGCCGGACUUCGUGGGGGCUACAGCACACCGGAAACUUUGGCGCAUAGAGACAGAUGUCGUGUCGGCCAAAUUGGUCUUUUUGAUGGUCCUUUAUCCCAGUACGAGAAUGGCAAAUAUGGCGAAUUAUUCGCCGCCGCGUUGCGACAAUAUGGCAUGCUGUGCAUUGGCUUGUACCGGUUACUGCCAAUGUUCCGGGAUACAUCUGCAAAUCCAGAAGCUCCAUCGAAACGAUAUGUGAUUACAAAUCCACCCGACGACUUUAGCAUACUUAGCUCAGAUCAGGUGUUCGUGCUGAUGCAGUUCGACCCCGGAUUAGAGUACAAACCGAACCGAGGCGAGACGGCUGGUGCGUUGGAGGGUGCUCCGACCAAUGGGAACGCGGUCACGAACGGCGUCCCCACAUCAGGGCCGAUCGUUGCCCAUAAUCCGAUGGGCAACCCCAACGGUGGGGCCAGUAAAGACGACAAUUCUUGACUAUUGCUUUGUAGGGCUCUUACCGAAGGCCCCUACUCCUACAUCUAAUAUUCCGAAGAAAAAAAUACCUAAUUGACCAGAAUCAUGGCACACAAAGAACUAAUUCAUACCAAACAACUAACAACAAUUUCAACCUAUCAGCACGGACUAAUUUUCAGACUACUAAAAACCUUAUCAACGCCUUAUCAACGAUCCUAUUCUGAAAAGUGCAGCUGUAAAUAUUACGUAUUAAUUCGUCAAUAUCACUUUGCAACAAAAGAAACAGUGCACUGUGCAACGUGUGACCCUGAAUUCUAAACACUAAUCUUUGGCAUGUUAAAUGUAAAAGUGGCCUAAUUGUCAAAAAAGAUAUGUCUUUUUUUGACUAGAGCUCCUACGUGAUCACUCAUCAACUACCUACGAACAAAAAAAAACAUCCGAGUAAUUUCUGAACAUCUUUUUCUUAUAAAAUUCACAACUUCUUCUGUAAACUUUCUUUCAAAAAUUUUAUAAAAUUACCUUCGCAAAACAGCUGCAAAACUUUGAUAGUUUUUUCAAACUUCCAAAAAUGUACCUUUUUACGAAAGAAAAAAAAGCCAAUUAAACAAAAUUGAACAACCAUUUCCAUCUUUAAAAAACGACUUUCUAAAAAUUAGGACAAUCCUUUUUCCUAUUCUGGAACCUAGCACGGACAGAAAUAUGACUAGGAAUGUAAUCUAAAAACGUGGAUGAGUUUUAGUAGCCAGGUAGGAAGCCAAGAUUUUCAAAGAUAGUUUGCAUAGUGAAAUGCAUGGGAUUUGUAGGGCAUCAUGCUAGCGAGGAAUUUCUGCGGAGAAAAACAGUGCCCGCGGAAGUGUGGGGACAGAGGGGCAAGGUCCCCGUGGUUAUUCGAUGACCGCAUCGUCUCCCCAUCUUAUAUAAACCCCUCCCUCCCCCAUCCCACAAUGGGAAUGUCCCCACAGCUUCCGCGGCCACUAAUAUGUACAUAAGUCACAGUGGCCGCGAAAGUGUGGGGACAGGGACAAUGUCCCCCCGGUCAUUUGAUGUCCCCAUCUUAUACAAACCCCUCCUUCCCCCCAAAUGUCGCCACACCUUCCGCGGUCACUGAGAAAGAAAUAUGCUUCUUCUUCAACUAUCAAUACUUUCAAAUUAGCCACGUUAAAAAAACAAUCAUGAUCAAAUCCGAGAAUCCGGAUUGGAUUGAAUUAAUACAAAUCUAUGCAGCAAACUAAAUAAUUAGUGCGUAUUAAACAAGUGCGUAGUGAUAAAUAUAUAGCAGAGAAACUAUAGCAGAGAAACACGUUUAUUACGAAUUUUACAUACAUUUGCUCAUUCUGCGGUUAUGACAAGUGCGGUACUAUAGCUUGUGCCGUUUCAUUAUUAUCGCAAAAUAGCUAAUUUACAUAAUUACAAAAAAAAUACACGCGUUCGUGUCGUUCACAUUCGGACAGGUUGAGCUUAUAAAGUAGAAUUUGGUGGAAAGUAAAAUUGUCAAAAAUCGUAGCGGAGAAAGAAAAAAUUGUAUAAAAAAGAUAGACAUGGUUGACCAAAAGCAAAAUUUUAAACGCAGUGGCCGCGCAAGCGUGGGUGGGGAUAAAGUGACAAUGUUGUCCCCACGGUUCGAUGUCCGCAUCAUCUCCCAUCUUAUAUGAACCCAUCCCUCCCCUAUCCUACAACUUUAAUGUCCCCACACCUUCCGCGGCCACUGUUCCAACCAAGCAAUCCAUCACACACAACAAUCACAAUAAGAACAACAACACACAGUACAGUUGAUUCAAAUGUCGAUAGGCAAUCGCUUAACAGCUACUAUUAAAUAUUUAAAUAUUAUUCAAAUGACAUAUCAAAUAUUAUGUAAUUUUUAAUUAAUCUAAAAAUAGUAGUAAAAAAAGUUAUUCUGCGUAAAAUUUUGUGCAAUUAAAUCAAUCUGACUAUCAAAAAAGUUUCAAGGAAAAAUGACCUAAAUUAGAGACACACACUAUUUUUAAAGUCAUGUAUGUAUGAUGUAGAUUAUCUAAUAGUACUUAUCUAGAUUAGCAUACAUAUUUACAUAAGUUCAUAUACAUAUAUUGUCGCUUUAAAAAAUAAAUCGACUAUUAUUUGUGAAUAAGUGUUACGGAAAAUUAUACAGCUUUAGAAAAUUGCGAAUUUCAGCAGUUAGCUCAGAAUUUUCAAAAUAAUUAAUUAUUUGGGAAAAUAUCGAAAUCAAUUUUUUAUAAGGAUGCUCAUACGAUACUUUUGUAUGCAAUUUUAAAAAACUACUUACCUUCGUUUUUCGGCACGAUUAAAUACUUUUUCUAAUUUCUUAUUACCCACAAUUCCACAGUUUUUCAAGAAAUUUUCAAAAAAAACGGAAAGCAACUUACUUAACGAGUUCACAUGUGCUUUAUAUAAAUGCAUAUGUAAAUAUGUUCCCAAUCAAGAUUUUAUGGUCGGUAUUUUACAAUUAAAUCAAAUUCUGCAUAAGAAACCUAUCCAAAAAAAGGGUUUAAUUUUAAUGCACAUACCAUAUUAACUAUGUUUGGUAUUACUUAUUUCCUUUAACAACUUUCUUUAACAAAUUUAUGACCAGAAUUUUUUUUCAUAACAAAA